AUGAUGAUAAAGUUUCCGAUUAUUGGGCAAAGAAAUUCCACAUCCCCGAUGCUUCGUUCUGUGAUCUUAGUGCUGUGUGUUGGGUGGCAUGUUGCAGCGGUUGAUGCGUUUGAUGUGCUGCUUGGAUACAAUAAGAGUGAAUAUUGGAAAAUUCCUCAACUGCAUGUGUACGAUAGUAUUGAGCAGUGCCUCCACAACAAACCGGACGGUGUGUUCUGUAUCGCGAAGGUGGUGAUCAAACCGGACAGUCGUUCGGAAAUAUGGAGGCUUAUUAAAAAAUACUCCAAAUACACGUUCCAGUACAAUCACGAUGUGCUUACGCGUGGUGUGUGUCUUGAGCAGUGUACGCGCGUGUUGGAAAAGCUGGGCCCGGCGGCAGACAAAUUCUAUGAGCCAAAGUUUAACGUGUCGAAACGGUACGUAAUUUCGGAUUGGCUGCUUCCUAACGUUACCCAAUACCGCCAAACAUACGGCCACCUGAUCAAUAUGUGCCAAAAUUAUGAACUUCGAACACGUUACAACCUUAGUGGAUAUGUCGAAAUAGAGGAAUGUACUACCAACGUGAACUGGAAACGACCUAUGGAUAUUCUCGAUAUUUGUUACAUUACAUUGCUCGUGGUCCUGCUUUUGCUAGCGAUCGGGUCACAGUGCUACGAUAGUUGGCUGGCGCGGAACUCCACCGAUGAAAAUCACUACGGAAAAACGCCAAAAAGCCGUGUGGAAACCAUGGCGACGGCAUUUUCGAUACGCAGAAACUGGCUGCGGUUAACGUACCGGGCGACACACAGCCAAUAUCAGCAGGAUCUGGAUUUUCUCGACCAGAUACGCGUGCUGACGAUGACCUUCAUACUGCUGCUGCACGUGUUUAUUGGGAUGGUUAUGUUUACUGCACAGAACCCACUCGCGAUGGAGCAGUUUUCAGCUCACCCACUAUCGCAGAUGAUGUUCUCCAUAAUACCGUUUCAAGUGGACAUGUUCUUUUGUAUCAGUGGACUGCUGCUGGUGGUCCAGUUUCUAGAUCACACGGAAAAUAAACGCUUUCGCAUCAGCAUACUAUGGCACGGUUUAAUUAAUCGCUAUCUAAGAUCACUUCCAGUGUACGCUGUAUUGAUGCUAUUCACGGUAUCUCGCUACGACACUUUCCUGACCACUCCAUCCGCAUACAAAAUUAUACCCAAAGUACGGCUGAUAUGUCGACGCAAGUGGUGGAUCAACUUCCUGUACAUCAACAACUACUAUACGCCCGAGGAACAGUGCCUGAUACACACCUGGUACUUGGCCGUAGACUUCCAGCUAUUCGUUGUAGGAUUGGUGGUGAUGACCUUACUGUGGCGGUUUCCGAAAGCUACCUUCUGGACAGCAGUCUCACUGGGUGUUGUAGGUUUCAUACUACCAAUGAUCAACACGUACGUGUACGCGCUGGAUGUAAUGAUGCCACUAACCAUGAAAGGAAACGAAUAUCAAUUGUGGUACGAUGAGUAUUUUGUGAAUUCGUACGAAGCAACGGAGACGCACUGCUGCAGCUUCUUUGCCGGCAUGAUUGCAGGGUUACUCUACUAUAAGAUCGUACGCAAAGAGCUGACCCUUCCGUUCGCGACGAUAAGGAAUCUGUUUACCUUUGCGUUCAUAUCGAUCAUCGGUUUUGCCCUGCAGGCACCACUCUACAAUAUGAUGCAGUUCAACAAACCCUCCAUCUGGAUGUCAAUUCUCUCCGGGGUGCAUAAGCUAUCCAUAGGUUCAUUUUAUGCGAUGGCUUUUUUGCUGCUUACAUUCCACGACCGAAAGUCAGCCCUUCGUCGAUGGUUUAGCGGGAAUGCUCUUACUCGUGCAAUGGCACGGCUCGGGUUCGGAUUCUACAUUGUGCAGAUGUCGGUACUAAAGAUAGUGUUCAGUAACUACCCGGAGGAUACACGCAUCAAUCUGCAACUGAUCAUUUCAACAUUUUGCUCAACAUUCACCUUGUCAUACGCGAUCGCGCUGGUUGCGUUCAUCUUGAUUGAGAAACCGUUCGACGUUCUCUUCAAGCUUUUGUUAAGCUCCUCCGGUAAUCAACGUAGAACCACACCAGCUGCAGCAACGGUGCAAUCGAGUAACACUUCAGUGAUAUCUUCGGUGAUGGUUCCCGGUACGGUAAAACAGUAG